AUGGUAAAGACUCGUAGUCAAGAACAAGUAGAGUCUGGUCAAUCGUCUGUCGACGCCGCAUUAGCUGCCCAAAGAAAGGCUGAAAAGCUUAAGCGUAAACGUGAAAGAAGAAAGGCGAGACAAAGCGCGCAGGUUGAUCAGCAAAACGAAGACGAGGUACCUGUCGAUAUGGCUGCUUACGUACCGCCGCCGCUCGAUAAUGCGCAACGUUUCGACGGUGAUGGCACUCGCUACGAGGGCUGGAUAUUGCGGGUCAAGAUUAGGCUCGCUGCGUUAGGCCUGUCUAAGACCUAUGAUGCGGAGGAUUCCGAGACGGACGUAAAAAGAGCGCAGGCCAUCGAUACUAUUUAUUCGAUGAUGACCCAACCGAUGCAGGUCCUCUUCCCGCAGCCAACUCCAAAGGCGCUGCUCGAUGCGCUUGAAGCGCGUUACGGUUCGCAGUCUGCUGCGCAAAAAUGCGCGGUCAAGCUUCGACUCGCUAACCUUCAGAUGGGACAUUUCAAACGUCCCGAAGAGUACUGCGACACCGUAAAGAAGUUAUGCGCCGAUUCCGGCGAAACAGACGAAGCUGCCUGGCUUCUGAAUGGACUGCCUAAGACCACCACCGGCGAAAAUCUUCGAGUGUCGCUACGUACCGCGAUGAUUGUCAAUAACUCCACCACUGGCAUUCGAGAGGCGAUAUGUGAAGCCUAUCGAAAUAUCGAAUCGUCGUCGUCGUCGUCCAAUACGCCUAGAGCGUCCGCCAUGUCUGCCGCCGAUACCAGGCCUACGUGCCAUUUUUGUCGCCGUCCUGGGCAUAUUGCUCGUGUAUGCAAGCUGAAACACGGUAACAAUAUUGUUAAUACUAAUAGUAAUCGUAAUGGUAAUCCGAAUAAUUUUUAUCGUAAUAGUAACGGUGGUACGAAUAAUCCUAGUCGAAAUUAUAGUGGUUUUAAUGGUCGUACUGGGUCUAAUAAUUAUCGAGGGAAUGGUCAGAAUGGUGGUAGUCAGGGCACACAGGGAAAUGGUCAAACUGGUCAACAACAGGCCAACGCUGCUGGAGGUUCUGGUCCUAACUCCGGUACGCCGACUAACCAAAAUUGGAAGGGGCCUAAUGAUCCUAAUCCGCCUCGCUGUUAUCGUUGUCGGGCAAUUGGGCAUAUCUCUGCCAAUUGUAAUAAGUGGGGAGACAAUGUAGGUACUGCUCGCCGGCCUAAUAACGUUUCUGGUACAGCCUUGAUGGCUAUUGGUGAUUCUGUCGGUGAUACGGUUGGUUCGAGGAGGCCUGUUGGCUCGAAUGAGAUUGUGUUUUUGUUGGAUAGUGGAGCGACGAAUCAUUUUGUCAAUUCACUUGACUAUUUUGUUGAAUCGAGAGAAAUACGUGAACUGGUACGUACCGCACAGAAGGGUCAAUUCGUAACCGUCACCAGGGAAGGUACCAUCGUUUUAUACGAUGCCGAAAAUCGUAAGUACACCAUGGAAGGCGUAAAGUACUCAGAGGAGUUCGCUUCUAACUUACUUUCGAGCCAACGUAUUCGUGAAAAGGGCUGCAAGUUAGAAAUGGCCGAGGAGGUCUGUCUGUAUGAUCCGGCUGGUACGUUGAUAGUCAAGAGCGAGCUGAAUGAGGACGGAUUGAACGAGUUUAGGUUUCGCUACGAUUUGGCCUACGAAUCUGCCGCGGUCGUCGUCGACGAUACUGUCCGUCUUUGGCAUCGCCGGCUCGGACACGCCUGCGGUGAUACAAUCGCUUCGGUACCUGGGAACAAAAUUCCUAGCAAUAAAAUUUUGACUACUACGACGUGCGGUGUAUGCUCUCGGGCGAAAAUGUGCAGGCUACCUUGCUGCACUGAACGUACCAAAGCGAAAAGAGUGCUCGAGCUCGUUCACACCGAUACCGUUGGCCCUUUGCCGGUGUCGGUGGACGGCUGCUCGUAUAUUUUGAUGUUUUUAGACGAUUUUACUCACUUUGCCGUCAUGUACUGUCUGCGUAAUCGGUCUGAGGUUGGUAAGAGCUUUGAAAACUACGAGUUAACGGUGACUGCGAAGUUUGGCGUGAAGAUACACAAGCUCCGGUGCGAUAACGCAUUGGAGUUCGUGAAGGGCCUUACGAAAUCCGUCUGCGACGCGAAGGGUAUCAUUCAGCAGCCUGCGGAACCAUACGUACAUGAACAUAAUGCCAAAAUCGAACGGCUGAAUCGUACGGUGGUCGAGAAAAUGCGGGCCAUGUUAUACGACGCCGGUAUGCCGUCAACUUACUGGACAUACGCGGCUUUCAUGGCCUGCGACACGGUAAAUCGCUUACCUACGCGCUCCAUUGGUGGAGAAAUACCUUAUGAGGUCUGGCACAAUAAAGCUGUCGAUUGGGAACAAAUUCGGAUUUUCGGUAGUCUGGUACGCUCGUUCGUUACGCCUGAAAAGAGAAAGAAGGUUGAAAAGAAGUCGAAUGAUAUGUUUUUGGUUGGCUACACUGAGACAGGCUAUUGGUUAUUGGACGCUGGUAGUAAAGAGCUCGUACCUGCUACGCAUGUCAAGGUGGAUGAGUCGAUCGUUUUUGGCGACGUCGUCGAAGUCGUAGAUGUGACUGAGCGGUAUCUGGCCGAGGAGUACGACGCGCCUACGGAGGCAGCGUUAAUGGCUACGAACGUACCUCAGCUGACGUAUGAGGAGGCGGUGACUGGAAGCGAGAGCUCGCAGUGGAAAGAAGCUAUCGCCGUUGAACUUGCUACUCUUCAGCGAAUGGGUACCUACAAGGUAGUUGAGCGUCCUGUAAAUCAAAAAGUUUUAGGGUUAAAAUGGGUGUUUCGAAAAAAGAGUGACAAUACGUACAAGGCUCGCAUUGUAGUCUUGGGCUACAUGGAGCGUUUGGCGCUUAGCGACUUUGACGUAUACGCACCGGUCAUACCUGUAGAUGUUAUUAGGGCUCUGGUCGCUUUGGCGAUACGUUUUGGCUGGCAGUUACGCCAUAUCGAUAUAACUGGCGCUUUCCUCUAUGGCAAAUUGCCAUACCGCGUAUACGUUUCUAUACCGAAAGGUUUCGUUUACUUUGGUCGUCUGAAGGAUCCCGUACUGGAAUUGUGGCGCGCGUUAUACGGUUUGAGAUUGUCACCUGUCACCUGGUAUGACGAAUUGAAAAGAAUUUUGAUUAAAAUAGGGUUAAUGGUGUCGUGGUAUUGCGCUACGUUAUUCAUUUACGCUGCUGAACCGACUCGUUGCAUGGUAGGUGUCUACGUAGAUGACCUACUAAUUACUGGGUACGAUAAUGUCUUGAUCGAGCAGGUGCUCGACCUUUUGAAGGAAAAUUUUGACGUAAAAGAUCUUGGGCCGGUUCAGCAUUACCUAGGUGUGAGGUUUAAACGUACCGAUAGCUCCAUGAUGAUGGACCAAAACGAGUAUAUAGCGCAAAUCUGCGAAAAGUUCGAUCUCGUAGAUGCAGAUAGAGUGGUCAAGCCUGUAGAGGAUACGUCGUUUAUGGACCCAAAUGUCGUAGUGGACCCUUCGUUGGAAACUCUUUGUCGUUCGAUGAUUGGUUGCCUCUCGUACGUGGCAAAUUGGACCAGGCCUGAUAUUGCCUACGCUGUAAACCUAGUUGCUAGGUAUCAGACGAAACCUUCGGCUCACCUCGUAUCAGCCUGUAAACGUAUCAUUAAGUAUUUAAAAUACUAUCCUGAUCGAACUUUGUGCUACGAAGCACUAGAUAAUUCGUUGCUUACCGCGUACUCAGACUCAGAUCACGCUGGCGAUCAUUCCGAUCGUGUCUCAACCUCUGGCUUCAUAGUUUUCUUGUAUGGAUGCGCUAUCCAAUGGAAGUCGAGGAAGCAAAAAGGUGUCACUCGUAGUUCCACCGAGGCUGAGUAUUUGGCUCUCGCCGACGCUGUAGUUGAACUUCGGGCUCAGCGUAAUCUCUUGAAGUCUUUGGGUUUUGUCUUGGACUGUUCGACGCUCGUCUGUGAUAAUUCUUCGGCGAUGAAAGUUGCUAGAAACACAAUGGAGUCGCGUAAGACAAGGCAUAUUGAUGUCUCGUAUCAUCUUACGAAAGAAGUAAUACGUAAUGGCGAGGUUGAAUUGGUGAAGGUUAAAGGGGAACAUAACGUCGCUGACGUGUUUACAAAGUCUUUAGCGGGUACCAAAAUUAACGAAUUGAUGACUUCAAUUCUAGUAGAUGACCUUUUUCCUUCGUAA